AAUCUCUUGGAGUAACAUCCGGUGAUCUUAUUUACUACUCUUUCGAUUACUCUGCUUUUGUUGCAUCAGUUCAUCAAACCCUAGUUCCUGCCUUCCUGGUACCGAACCAUUCUUCUUGAAAAAUAUAUUGAUGAAGAAAUCUGGUGAUACCAUUGAGUUAAAUACGUUGCCUAUGUCAGUUCAUGAAGUUAUGUUAGAAUCUGGAUUUGUCUUGUUCAAUGCUGGUUCAGAUAAGAUUAGCUUUUCGAAGAAGUUACUUUCAGUAUCCCUAAGGUAUACUCUGCCUGAGCUAAUUACCUCUAAGGAUACAAAUACAAUCGAGUAUGUUACUGUGAAGUUUCAGAGCUUAGGUUAUAUGGUUGUAGUUUACGGAAGUUUAAGUGGGUCUAGUCCACGCAGGGUUCUUCUUGAUAAGCGUGGGUUUGUGCCCGUUAUCGAUACUUUGAAGUCUGACAAAGAUGGCUCUUCGAGUAUCUACCGCGAGGUGUUCAAGUACUGGAGAAUGGUAAAAUAUGAUCUUGUUAUCCCGUUGUUGAUUGGUCUUAGCAAUAAAGCUCCAUGUUUGAUGUGCCUACCAACAGAGAUAAAGAUGAAGAUAAUAGAGUUGCUUCCUGGAGCAAGUGUUGCAAAGAUGGCUUGCCUUUGUACAGAAUUGCGGUCUCUGUCAUUAGAUGAUGACUUGUGGAAAAGAAUAUGGUUGAAAGAAGCUAAGAAUGUUGUUGUAAUCACUCGAUUCGGUGUUCCAGUUAAUUGGAAGGAAAAUUUUGCUGCUUUUUGGAGGAAACACCAACGAGAGAUGUUAAGGAGCAUUAGAUGGGAACAGAUUUUUAGUCCCAGAUGGAAUCAUGUAGGAAGCAACUAGCAAACAUGUUGAGUGUUCAAACCGAAACAGUGAAUCUUAUGAAGGUAGGAGAAGUAGGUGUAUAUGACAAAUAAACCGCUUGGAUGCUAAACAUGUUUGAUCUUUAAAUAUUUAUCUCGUUUUAUAUGAUGUUUCUCUUUUCCUGGUUUUUGUUCUUGCCAUGAUUAUGCUAAUAGGUAAUGAGCUUUUUGACCAAACCUGAUAAGAUGGCGUCCUAUUGUCUAUAGCUACUUACCAGACUUCAAACAAAGAGAUGAAGAAAUGCCUACAUUUUCU